CAAUAUUCUAUCGUUAUGAUUUUUUCAUCUUAUGUUUUUCACAUUGAUUAUGUAAAAUACAUUGAAAAACAUAUCACAUUAAACCAGGGUGGACACCUUGCAUUAAACAUAUGAUGCGAAUGAUAAAGAUAUAGAAUAUGUCAGUAUUAUCCGAUUCGUAAAUCGUCACAAAUAAUUAAUAAAAUAAUUAAAUUCACGCCGACUAUUAAUCGUACGUAUCUAAUAUCUAUAUAAUUAAUAAUUAGUUAAUAAUAUAAUUAAUAAUUACUAAUUAGUUAUUAAGAGGACGUUAUACCGGAUGCCCGCAUGUGCUGUCUCACUCCAACUAAUGGCUAAUGUAGCAAAAUACCUACUUUAUGCAGAGUGCGUAGACUUGCGAAUUCGCAUAAUUUUUAUUUUAGAGUAAAAUCAUUUAUUUACAAUUAAAAGGGGACAAUAUUCCGGAAGGCAAGACGAUUCGUGUUUCCUAUUAUUCUAAAUAUUAUUCCAAAUAUAACGUUCAAAAUAUCGUUUGGAAAUAAAAUCUAAAACAACAUUUUUAAAUUACCUACUGUAAUAUUUAAAAAAAGAAACGCAUCGUCUUGCCCUCUGGAAUUUUGCCUUUUUUUUUUUAAUUCAAUAAUAGGUGCUUUUCUCUAAAACCAAAAUUAAGUGAAUUCCAUGCAAUCUAUUUAAGGUAGGAAUUAAGGUGUAACGUCCUCUUAAGCAUUAUUAUAUUUAUUAUAUUAGUGAACUUGAAGCUAUUACGCUCAUUACCUUUAGUGAAAAUUAUGCUUACCUAGUUGAAUUGUCAAUCAACACAAAUAUUUAUAUUAGCUUUUUUUUUAUACAGCAAAGUAAUAAAUGAUUUACCAGCCGCACAGUUCUAUUACACUCAUCUAUAAAAUAAUAAAUAAUAAAUAAUCUAAUCAAAAUUAUCAUAGUUUUAUAUUUUACUCUUUAUUAAUAACAAUAUAUUUUCAAAUAUUUGUGUUAUUUUAUUUCUGAGCUGGCAAAGGCAUUACAUAACAUAAUUUAUAUUUUCACUCUUUUACUUAUAUUGAAAAUCAAAUUUUUAGUUUUUAUGGUAUAGAUUUAAAUACAUUGUACAAAAACUAUGACAUUUUUAAAAAUAAUCUCAAAUUUUGAAUGCUAAAAAAAAAAAUGAAUUUUACGAUGACAAUUAAUUCGUAUGUCAAUAGCGGAUAUACUUUUAAUUCACUCAUUGUAACCUGCCUAUCCACUUUAUCUUUUUAGAGUAAAUAAAUAUGAAAUAUAUCUAUUAUAAAUUCAUAAUUAAUGGUAUGAGAAUACAAAUAAUUGAUUUAAAUACCUAAUGGUGUAUUUAAAAAGUUGACAUUAGAUAAUUAUAAUUACAUAAUUUAAUUAGAUUAUAGAUUAAAUAAAAAAUCACUUACUUAUUAAAUUGAGAUUCUAGAAUAUUCUUCUUCAUUUCAUUAUUUAUAUUUUAAUAUUUAGUAUACAAAAAGUGAUAUACCUACCUAGCAUCAUAGGCGUCUUCAGGUUAAUUCCAUGAGGGGGGAGGCCUGCUUUGGUCAACAAAAACUUAAAACCUUUAUAUUUAACCUGAUGGUAUUUUAAAUUAUAUUAGCUUAAAAGGCAGUAGAUAUAUUAUGCAAAUGCAGUAAAACGGUACAAUUUAAAAGUUGGAUGACUAAAUCCAAAAUACUUUUAUUUUAUGCAGUGUUUCGCAAGCAGUUUGAUUAAAAAUAUUUACUAUAUUAAUGUUUUGAUUUCGAUAAAUAUUUAAAAGUGAUAAGCUAGUUAGCCUCUGCUAAAAAAAUUGUUUUACCACAAAGUUGGUUAGGGUUUGGUUAGGUUUUUAAUAAACCUCAUGUUAUAUUCUCAAGCAUUUCUGUUUGGUCUAACAAUUGUAUCCACAGAAUACCUACGAAAUAAAAAUUACUUAUAAAACUCGCAAAAUUAAAAUGUCUAUAAAUCGAUCAAAAAUUUUACCAAGCCAAGUAAAGCAAAUAUAAGUUUUCUGUCCAAAUUUCAAGUCUCUACGAAUAGUAUUAACUGAAUUACAACAUAAAACAAAAUUAAAAAUAAUAAAAAAAUUAUUUUCGUAAAUUUUCCCGUUUUUUUUGUGUUUUAUCCUAGAUUUUUUGAUAUAUAUUAUGAAAACAACUUGGAAAAUCAAAAAAGGUGCUACACUUACAUAUUGAAGGAAGAUUUCUAGCAAAAAAUUUUGUUACAGCAUAAAAAAAAAAACACCAUUGUAAAUCUAAUAGGUACAUCCUUCGCUACACUUGGAAUCUAAAUUUUAAAUUAAAUUAAUCAUUUCCGAUUUUGAAACUAAAAAUAUAUUAUUUUAUUAUAUCUUUGCAAAUUGAUUGUUCCCACUUAGUUUUCUAUAAUUCUAUCUUACCCUUGAGAGAAUAUUUAUUGAAAUUUAUAAAUGAGAAGUGUUUCGUUCUUGUUUAAAUCAAAAUAUUUCCAAGAUUCGGAUUAUCUUUAUGGUAUUUGGAAUUGGUUGCAUUUAUACUUAUUUGUACUUAAGAAUUAUGAAUAUUUUGUAAAACUGAAAAAAACAUCACACGGAUUAUAGGGUUGCCCCUCUCUCAGAAACCCGCCUGCCUAGCAUUAUUAUUUAAUAUAAAUGUUAUGCUAAAUUUGAGUAUAGAUUAUUUUUAUAGAGAAUUAUUAUUUUAUUCAGGUACCUAUUAAUAGGUUUUGAGUCGCUAGCACAAACUAGUCCAAGGCUUAUAGAUUAUAAUUAUAUUGUAUUUACUUUUGUUAAAGUGGAGAUUUAUUUGUAGUAUUAUAUUUGAUUAGGUUGAUAUAUUAGUUUUAUAAUAGAUUAGUUUAUGAAUUUCUGUUCAGUCUAAUAACCAGCAAGCACACUACGUACCGCAGUCUAUUGUCAGCAUUAAAAAUUAUAACUUUUCAAGAGUAUAGUAAAUAGUGAUACUUCGUGAGAAAAGCUACAAGAGGACAAUUAUUAAAUUUGCCAUUAAUAGGAUUAGACAUAAUAUUAUAUAGGUAAGACGAUUAAAUAAAUUAAAACUCAAUUUAAUUCUAAAUUGUAUAGUUAAAAGUAAAUUUAAUGUUUUGUACACUUUAAUAUUCAAUACAAUAUGAUAAAUUAUUAAUUAUAUCCAGGAUGAUCAAUGUAAUGUAAGGCAUUCAUUAUCUUAGAGAUUAUUAAAUUUUAUUGACAUUUUUCUUUGAAAAAAAUUAGAAACAAGCAGCGGUGUUACAUCAACCUUAUUUUUUUUUUUUUGUCCUUCAUAUGUUUUGUGAGUGAAACUAUUAUUUUGAAUUUGAAAUGACAACUUAUAUUAGAAAUUCCAUAAAUAGAUUAAUUUUAGUUUAAAUACAUUUGUGUGUUUAAACAUUUUUAUUUUCUUUAAUGAAAUUAAAAGCUGCUUAUUUUUUAAAUUUUCCCAAAAAAAUUCCAAAAAAAAAAGUAAAUACUUUUCGAAAUAAUGAGUGUUUUAUGUUAUAUUGAUCUCCAAGCAAAUGAGUAGAAACCAGAAUUGUAUACAUUUGCAUGUUCAUACUAAGUUUAUGCACUAAUAUGAAGGUUUGAAAUGUUAGCAUUUCAAAUCCAACUGGUUCCUGACUUCUGAGACCAAAUUCAAUUUUGUAUAUAAUUUCAUGUUUGGAGGAUUGGGGCAUAUUUUUUGUAAAUGCAUGUAAUGUAUAUACUUUGUACAGUAUGUAUACUGUACAAAUAUAUUAAAUAUAUAGAUCAUAUAUUAAAAAUAUAAAAAUGAAAUUGUUUGAGAGGUUAUAUCUACCCAAAAAUAUAAUAAUGACAUAAAUAUAAACGAGGCGUGAUAUAUUUUGCAUUAUGAGUGAAUGACUAUGGAUGGAAAGGUAGGAUGCAUAGAGUAAUUAUUUAGUGUAUUUUUGUACGCAACGAUAAAUCAUUGUUAAGGAACAUUUAUAAUAACGGAAACUGUUAUUGUAUGAAAUAUUAAAGUUUUUCUCCAAUUAUUAUAAGAAAACUAUAAGGACUACAAAUAUUAAGGUUUAAUAUCGAAAUGCAUGAUCCACCAUUAUUAAAUUAUAUUAAAAGUGUAUAAUAGGUACCUACAAUGUUAUAUAUUUUCAAAACACCGUUCCUAUAUUGUAUAGAAUUUGAUUAUUUAUUAUUUUUAGUUGGUUGGUGGUAUUUACAUAGGUGCAAACUUUUUUUCAAUUACCUUUUACAUUUAUCCAGGCUUUGAGUUUGCAUGUUUGUAAUGCUACUUUGAUAAUGUUUGUAUUAGGUGUCUAAUGUUUAAACAAAUUUUAUAAUGAUUAUAAUUGAAGGGUUAUAUUUUUCUGCAAAUUAUAAACAAAUAAAUUUGAAUAUUUGCUGUAUGUUACAAAAAAAUAUAUACUACUUUUAAAUUGGAUCCCUUCUUUUUGCCUAUAACUAAACUAGGUAGUUAUAUUAUAAUCAGACCCAUUUUUUAAACAAGAGCAAUGUAUUUUUUCAUAAUCAAACUUAAUUAUUCUCAGAUUUAGUUAGAAAAAUGACAAUUGAAAUUUGCAAUUUAAAUAACUCACCCACUUCUUAAAAUAUAACACCCUUUACAAUUUUUCUUUUAUUAUAUAUAGCUAUAUUCAGUUCCAUUUUAAACACUUAAAAAAUAAGUUAUCAAGAUAUUUUAGGAGGGUGAGUUAUAACCAACUAACCUAUCUGACUGCCACUAGCUAUACCUUUUAAAUAGAAACAAUUUUCUAAGUAAUACUUACCUAAUAGCUAAUUUAUAGACAAUAAUUUAUUUGAUUUAUUGUGAUAAUUUUGACUCUUAUUUAAGUUCAUUAAUUACUGUUAAACUUUAUUAUAAAUUGAUUUUUUUUACCGACCCGCUUAUUCAUCCAUUUUAUAAGGUAGUUCAAUUGAACUAUUUAAAGUAUGUUUGGUGUCACUGAUUCAUAUGGUUUUUUUAAAAAAAGCUAGAUUUUAGUCUAUUUGAAAUAUUUUCUUUAAUUCUCAGUUUAUAAGUUAUAUAAUGCUAUUGGACUGUUGGUAUAGUAGCAUAAACCGACUUAAACUAGCAUUGGUUGUAUGUAAAGGUCACCAAUUCAGUCUUUCAAUUAGUUGUGGACACAAAUGUCAUGUACACAUCUGUCACUACACACUUAAUUGUAGGUACAUACCAUCUUGUAAAGUAUACUGUGUAAACUAUUAAGAAAUAAUGUAAAUAUUUCAGGUACUGAAACGAUUAAUAUACAGAGUUUUCCAAAUUUCAAAUUUACUAUAGUAUAAUAAUUUACAAACUAAAUGAAACUGAAACAGUUAAGCCUGUAGUUAUACUUUUAUUUGAAAAUUUCAAACAUUCGACACUGAAGUUUUCAAAGCCUAUAAAAAUAAAAGAGAUUUUAAUCUGUUAAGUAUAUAAUAAUGAAAUAACCAAAACUUAUGUAUAUUCUAUAAAAAUAAUUUAAUAACCUAGACUAUUGGUUUCAUUUUUAUUUUUUCAUCAAUUUUUUGUAUUCAUGCCUCAUGGACAAAUAUCCACGGGUAUUUGUAAUUUCUCUGGGUUGGCCUUAUGAUUUUUUUUAACGCCAAUAUUAUGCGAAAAGGAAAAAUCAAUGUAUUUUAAUACAGUGAAAUUCUCGGUUGAUAUACGAUUUCUUUUCUAGGUCCUUGAUUAAAACGGUAUAAUAUUAUAUCGCGCUGGAACAAAUUAAAAUCAAUUAAAUGAUUUUUUAUAAGUUUAAUGUUAAAAAUUAAAACUAUAACUUUUUUUUUUUUUAUCGUUUUUGGGUUGCGUUGGAGGUCAUAUUUUGGCAGUGAAAAACUAUAUUGGUUAUACAUACAGGGUAUACUACAGUGUUAUUUUAAUGCUAAUAAUUCUCUCUGUAUUCAUUUUUUCCUCAUUGGGUUUUGUGCAAGGACAUUUAUGUAGGUACAAAUUAAAUUUUGAUUUUCAUUCCUUAAUCAUUGAAAAACAAAAUAACUUUAUUUUUUCACUUUUUAAAAUUUUCAAAAUAGCCAAAAAAAAAAAAAUAUAUAAAAUAUAUUAUUUUAAAAAUGUCCAUGUAUAAUAUAUAUUCAUAUCCUAUAAAUAGUUUCUCAGUUAAAAUGGCUAGAAAAAAGGCGUAAAAAUUCAAUACAAUUCUUGUGAUCAUAAUUUCUUUUAAUAAAAUAUAUCGACUGGUUGGCUGGGGGGAAAAUUCGACUCCCAGUAACGGAACUCCGCUGCCGUCUCACAAGUUUUUUUUUUUUUUUCCGAUAUAAUUAUUCGGUUGUUUUUUCGUCCGUUUAUCUCACGAACGUAAUCGCGCGGUUCAACAAUAAUAUUUUGGCGGGUUACACCAAGACACGAGGUUUAUGAUAAGGUAAUAAAGAAACGUUUAUUUACAACAUAAAGACAUAAAACAAGUGAUCGCCAGCAGACGGCUUUUGACGGGGGAAAAGGCGAGCACGCAACAAUUAAAAACAACAUUAGUUAAGAAAAACAAUGUUACAUAAUAAUUAUUCGGAGUCGGAAAACAAUGUUUCGCGAACGGCGUCGGUGCGGAGAGAGCGAGCGGAGCUGUGGACGAUGAUCGCUGAACGCCGACGGCGAGGGGCAUGGCCGACGUCCGUCGCGAGCGACGCGCAGCGGGAAGAAGAAAUGUAGCGCGAAACCCGCCACAAUAUUAUAAAAUCCAAUAAUAAUUAUCAUAUAGGUACUGUAUGACGUGCGUACGUCGGAUUUUAAAUUGUCUACAACCUAUACAAACGACGGACGUCCUUUAAAAAUCGAUGGGCACGAAAACAAUUCGUUCGCCGUGCGGUUUGCCCAUAUUGUUAUGCUUGCCGGCUAUGACGUCGUCAUCGAAAUAAACUGCGGUUUCAAAAAUUUAAUACAAUUAUUAUUAAUAUUAUUAGUAUUAUAAUAAACCGUAAUAAUAUUAUUGAUUGCGAUUGUUGUACGCGCAGUUAACGUGUUUUAGCCGUAUACAGGUUGAUUCGAAAUGUAUUUUACAAUCUAAAUAUAUUCAAACUAGAGUAAAAUCGUCUAGUACAAAAAUUGUUCGAUUUACAAACAUCUAAAAUUAUUCAAACGCCGCACGCCGUACCGUGUCACCACACAAGCAUAUUAUAGUGUUCCACUAUACUCUCAUCCUACCUAAACUAAAAUGUGGAACAUCUCGUCAGCGGGUUGACGGUAAUCAAACAUGUCAACGCCGAAAUGUAUUUAAACUAGUAGUCCAUUUAUGGAUGGAAUUUUGAAUACAUAGAUUUAUAUUUGAAUUUCAAAAGGCGAUCCCGAAAAAGACGGUAAAAAAAAAAAAAUAUAAAAGUUAUUGUAAAUGUUUAUAAAUCGAAAAACUUUUGUAAUUUACAUUUUUCUCCGUUUUAAAUUAUUACACGAUAAUAUGACUGUAACAUACAAUUUGAAUCACUCUGUAUAAAGAAAGUGUAUUUUAUUUACUCGCGUUUCGAUAAACUGUUUCCUUAUUUGCGGAUAUCAUGAUGAUGAUAAUAUUGUUCAUGACGUGCCUAUAAUAUACGUACUUAACUAGGCUAAUGUAUAAUUACGCAUUGGACGUUAAUAUUAAGUAUAUAAUAUUAUAAUCCCUUUAUUUUGAUUAUUUGGGAAUAUUGUUUGUUUUAUAAUGAACUGUUUACGUAGGUACCUGUUUACUAUUGCGACAUUAUAAUUUAACAACGCGAAUUACUUAGUAUGUGUACAUAAUAUUAUUUAUUCAAUAUGUAAUUACAUGUACUGCAGCCACUCGAAAAUAAUUUGAAUUUCGAAUUAAAUUCGAUUGUACCAUCGGGAAUUAUUCACUUAAUUUUGGACUCCGAGUGUGUAGUGAGGAAACGUUAUCACUGACUAGUAUUACUGAGAUGUGUUUCCCCUUUCUCCGGAAAAAAAAAAACUGUUGGCGAGUAAAAUCCUCAGAUUUUUGAACCUAGCUAUCUUAAAAUAUGUAAAAUUCACUUCUAUUCGAAAAUAUGUUUUCCAGAUUUCCUAAAGUUUCUCUAUAAAAUUGAUUAAAAAUCGACAACAAAUUACAUAUAUACAUAUUAUGUUUUUGGAUGUCGAAUUUUCGCGUUACAUCGGCUACAAGGCAACACACAUCACUCCUAUAUACUACUCUGUUCAGAAUCGAUUUCGUUUGCAAUGGAUUAUUCGUUGUGUGCAAACAUAAAACAGAUACUCUACAUAUACACUCCCUUCAAACUUUCCUCCUAAAAUAGUAGUAUAUCAUUCAUCAGCGGUAUCAGUUGCGUUUUAUGUAUCAUUAGCUGACCCCGCAAUGCUUUUCUAAUGCUAGAUAAUAGUGUAAAUAGUAGUAAUAAUAAUAAUAGUUUUCUUGUUUGUGACAUCCAAAUUAUCAUCCAUAUCACCAAGGUAAAUCAACAAUUAAAAUUUAAUCAAUGUUCCAAAAAUACCAAAAAACCCUGUGUCAGCUGUCCUUUAGGGGUUGAAUUUCGUAAAAAAAUUUAUUAGUGGGUUUUCUACAUCACAGAACGAAACUACUGGCCAAAUUGUAUGCUUAUAGUUUCAGCAAUCCCGACUAGGCGAUGAUGAAUCAGUCGGUCAGUUAAAUGUUUUCAAAAACUGAAAUCAAUAAAAGAAAUUAAAUUCUACUUGCUUGGUCUCUAUGCCAUUCCUGUCUCCUAAUUUAUUGCAAAACCUCUUUUAUUCCCUUUUUCUUAUCAUUUUCUGAUGUCAAUAAUAUUUAAAAUACUUAUUUUUGGAUUUUGUUUUAGGUACCAUUAGGUUGACGUAUAAAUUUGUGUGUUUUUUUUAUUAUUAUUAUUAUUAUUCUACUAGUUUGAUUUUUUUUGUACACGUUUUUAAUCAAAUUAUUAAGUCAUAUAAACUCCAAGGGUGUGUUAAUUAGAAUUAAUUAAUUACAUAACAGCACUCAAUUUCUAUAAACGGUUUUCGUUUUCGUAAUAUAUAUAUUUUUUUUUUUAACAAAAUCGAACUGAAAAACAUAAUAUUUUAUUUUUUCUAUGUAUUGUUUCAUUUGUUUUAACUUUUUCUUUUUAUUCAUCCGUAUCACCAAAGUAAUCCAUGAAUAAACAUAAAUAAAUAAACAAUUAGAUAUUCGUACUAAAAAUCCCUUUUUAACUUCCUUAGAGGUUGAAUUUGAAAAAAAUUGGUGUCGUGGACACAUUCAGAGGAAUAUUUGGAUCGACUUUGUGAAAAAUAAACGUAAAAAAGUUCAACGGUGUCGUCUUCAGAAACGUAGUAAAUAAAAAAAAGGUCUGUUCUUUUAUAUACAUAUAAAGAUGUACCAUAAAAUAAUGUAUCAUUUUGUUAUAGAUUAUUAAUUUGUACGUAUCUCAAUCUAUACAUAUGCAUGUAUAUGCGAACCCAAAUUUUAAUUGCUCGUGACAAAAAUUUGACGUAUAAUUUUCACAUAUUUUUUAAGUGUCUAUUAUGAUAGCGCGUUCUAUAGUUACCGAUUGCAUGGUGACGUAAUUAUAUUUUAUUCCAUCAUCAUAAGUUGAUGUUUACGACUUACACGCACGACUCAUAUGUUCGUGUUCAAGGUUCACUCUAUAAAACAUUAAAUUUAAUUAACCGACCGUGCGCGUCGUCUCUACAAAUUUAAAUGUCUGAUUAGACAUUUGAAAACAAUUUAUGUAAAAUAAUAUCUUUUUUCGAAAUUGCCGAAAUCUGACCAGGCAAUAAGUUUGCGAGUGGCAGAGUGGAAACUGAAUUCAGGCCAGGAGAUUAAAGUUUGUCUGACGUUUUAGUUUUAGUUGAGCCGUUGAAGGGAGCUAAAUACGUUGUUACUUGAAACAUGGACGAAGAUAAGAAGGGGUGUGGGAGUUUCGACUCUCCAAAAAUUUAAAAAUGUGAUUUCAUCAAUAUGAAAUUUAAUUUAAUAAUUUAAACGAAAAUGUAUAUAAAAAAAAAAAACUUGAUAGGUACCGAAACAAGAAUAUAAUAUUAUAAAUGUGUCAUGGCAUAACUUUUUUAUUAAUUUGUUAAAUAAUACGAGGAAUUAAAAUAUUAUUUACACCUAUCAGGCCACCAGGUCAUAAUAUUCGAUCCAGGCCAUCUGGAAAAUUCCCAUUUCCAGACUAGCUACUCCACCCCUGGUAUAUACUCGGUAUUAAAUUUAGAUAUAUAUCGCCCCCCCCCUGGUAUUUUGUUUGAUCUCCCAUGUUAAAUGUAAGUAAAUCAAUAAUUAAUUAAAUAAUCAAACACAUUUGACUGGUCUUAGUAAAAGGGUGGAUAAGUAAAAAAAAAAAUAAUAAUAAAAAGGUCAUUACUAUAGUUUUAGUAAUCCCCCCCCCAUAGAAAAAUUUUCUGGAUUCAACAAUGCAUAUACUUGUGUUGGUGACGGCACUACAUGACAUUGUACAGAUCAAAGUGAUAUUAAUAUUAGUUCCGGCAAAAAGUUCCACGGGGGAACUUAACAAAUCGAGUCAAAUUAAUCAAAUAUUAGUCUCCAAAAAUUAAAACGCCGCGCGCUGUACCGCCACACAAAUGCCACUCCAUUACUCUCCCCCCGUCCAGCCCAAACUUAAAAGUAGAAUAUCUCAUCAGCGGACUGACGGAAAACAAAAAAUUUCAACGCUAAAAUGUAUUUCAAUAUUAAUACUCCAUUUAUUUAUGGAAUUUUUUUAGUUGCUAUUUAAAAAUCAAAAGUAGGUAUAAUGAUUUAACCCCCAAAAAUAAGGGUGAAAAAAAAUAACGUAAAUGUAAAAUCGUAUAGUUGCUUGUUUCUCAAAUGUUCUAUAAACAAAUUCUGUAAAAAGUUAACACUAUCCGAGGUAAUGAGUGUCUCACGAUGAUUGCAGAUCACCCUGAAACGAUGAAAUGUUUAAAAAAAAAAAUUCGUUGAAAACCACUCCGUGUAGGUUUAUUUUUCUUGAAAUAAUACUCUUAAUUUUUCGGAUGAACGUACUGUAAUAUUAGUGUACAACCUCGAGUUUAUUUUCCAUCGUGUGUUUGUUGCAAGUUUAUACGAAGCGAUCUUUUACGUCUUGGCCCUUGUCUCACGCAACAGCUACUUUUAUUCUCGCCCUCCACGCAACCCCUUCGUCCAUCACCCUCGCCCUCGUACUUCGCCUAAUAACCACUAUUAUACCUAACUAUAUAUUACAACCCAAUGAAUCGCCGCACAAUACGACUAAUAUAAUGUUAAUAUGCAUAUUAGGCGGGCGCACGCGAUUGGUGUUACAUUAGAGUAAUUUAUUGAGUUUAUUCCAAGGACGGCGUGUAUUAGGUUUUGCGAUACCCGUGUGUGACGGUGACAACAUAUAGGCGGGUACGUGAGAGAGACCCUUCAGACUAACGGACAUGCGCGCAAGGCGUCAAAUAUUGAUAAUUCGUAUAUUAUGUGGCAUUUUGGUCUCUCCGUCGUCGCCCCGAUAAUUGACCGAAAACGUUAUCGAAUUCGUAUGAAAAGCAACCGAGAUCAUGCAGCAUACAAAAGCUGUGCAAGUCGUUUAAACGGCGUGUUCAUAUAACGCGUUGCAUCAGUUGGUCUGGUCACUCGUUUUCAGUAAAGUUUCGAAGCGUGCGAACUAAAUACAGUAGUUGGGAACGACACGUGCCGGUUUCGAGGAUAACCAGAAAACAAAUGAUAUUAUUACCUCUGCAUUUAUCACGCAAUAUUCGGGAUCGAGACUUUCCGUAGGGACUGGUGUAUGUAACGAUUGCAAUGUUUUGCGCACGUGUUAACCCCUAACAAUAAUAUAUUAUUACCGUGCGUUUCGUCCGUUUAUAAUACAGUGUUACAUAAUUUAAAUAGUUACAUAAUUUAUGAUAAUAAUGUUGUACUUACGAGCGUUUUGUCCAUUCCGUUUUCCAGUGAUAGUCAAUUCAAAGUGAUCGUGUACGGCAAAGGAGCGGAAACGAUUAACGCAGAUAUGAGUUUCUCAGCAGACCAAUCGUCGACGGCGCAAAAGGUAUUGUACAUUCAUGUCCAAUAUAUUAUUACCGUAUACCGUAUUAUAACGCAAAAGCAUUUUUUUUUUUUUUUUUUUUUUUUUUUUUAAUUUGUUUUUCGAUUAACGAUUAACGCGGAAUGUACGCCUAUUUUAUUUACUUUUCAAAAUUGUAUUUUUGGGCAUAUUAAGAGAAUGUACACUGAUAUUGUAAAUUAUUGUAAUAUUGUCAUUGUACGUUCGUUAUUUUUUUUUACCCCGAGACGGCCGAAACCACUGUUGAGUUUGAACGUUAAAACGGUAACCUGCAUCAAAACGUGACAAAUAUAUACUAAUUGCAUACUAUAAAGAUGUGAAUUAUAGUAGAACGUUUUAAAUACGUUUUCCGUUUCCAAAAGAGUUUGUAGGUAUACCUGCUUUUCGAGUUAAUGAGCGCAAAAAAAAAAAAAAAAAACGUGUUUUCACUGUUAUACUAUUUUGUUGUUAUACGACGUUAUCGUAUACCCUCCUUUUACCUCAAUUCUAUUUUUUUGUUUUCAUUCUUUUCUAAUCAUAAAUGUAUUAUAUACGUCAGUGUUGUUAAAGUUCUUUUUAAAAAAGAAUUCGUUCCCGUUCCUCGUUUCUCUGCAAAAAAAAACAACUUGUUUCCAUUCAUCGUUCCUUUUAAAAAAAAAUUCGUUCCUGUAAGCGUUCUUUUUUUUAUGAAUACCUUAUGCACACCAAAAUAAUAUUUUUAUAUUUUUAAUCUGAAAACAAUAAUAUCACUAAUGCUUUUGCUUUGGAAGUAUUCAUAUAUAUAUAUAUAUAAUUAAUUUAACAUUGAGGAUUUUCAUUUGUUAUUUGUGUAGAUACCUACAUAUAGUUUUCAUAAAAAAUAGGUGUAAUGUGAGUACUGUAUGUUAAUCACAAGUCAGUUAAAAUUGGAAACUAUCGUCACUUCUUAGAGUUGACAUGUUUAAAAUCUUAAUAAAUUAAAUUAAAUAUAUUUUCUUGUUAAAAACAAAAGAAUUACCUACAAUAUUUUCGUUUUCAUUCCUAAAAAUAAUGAAUUAAUUCACGUUCUUAUUUCUUCAAAAAAUAAUGGAAUUAAUUCCUUCAUUUGUUCUUCUGAAAAGGAAUCAAUUCAAGGAACCGUUCCUUUAGGGCUCGUUCCUUAACAACACUGAUAUUCGUAUAGGUACAUCUGUAUACAUUAAUUAUGCGGUCAUAACUUUUAGUCGUCGAAUAUACAAACUUAAUAGAUCACUGGUCCCAGGGAAGAAUGGCUAAUGUCAAUUUUUGUAUAAUUUCCAAUACAAGCGAAUUAAAUUUUGAAAAUAUACACGUACACUAAUAUAAACGCACGAAAUACGAUAAUUUUGAACUCUUUUGAUUACAAUAAUAUGCUAUUCAGACUGAAUAAUUGUACGUAAAAAAAAAAAAAAAAAAAAAAAAAUGCCAAAAAUAUAAUAUGUACCUACCUAUAACGAAUCAUCGGUACUAGCGGGUAGCCUUGUUAUUUGUAACGGGAUUGAUAAAUACAUUUUUUUUGACCAUCGGUCCAUUUCCGUUGUGUUCUACGCGUCCGUAACUAUAUCGCUACAAAAAUAUUAUAAUAUUGUACAGGUAGAACGUUUUUUUUUUUAGAAAAUAAUAAGUCCAGGGUAAAUGGUGUAACGGGGGAAUAGGUAAAAAAAAAAAAAAAAGAGAGAAUACCGCAAUACCCACACCCGAUCGGCAGAACCACCGGCGAAUGACGUUACUACCGCCGCCCGUCGUUCGGAAACUUCGGUGCAGGAGGUACCUAUAUAAAUACGGCCGUUUAUUCCCGGCCGUGUAUAUCGGUUAGGUUAUGUUCGCGCGUCCGCUCGUCAAAAUGCCCGUACCGAACGACAGCGACGAUAACAACAACAACAAUAAUUAUUAUUGUGAUUACCGUCAUCGCCGCGUGAUUUUCUCGUUUGUGUGGCUGCUCGGCUGCUCGAUCGCGUUGCCUCAGCCGAAUCACGCCAAUCGUUCCGCGGAUGAGGUGACGUGCUGCGAUACUAUAAUAUAUGAUAUUGUUUAUUGGGGCUCGGGACUUUUUGCGCUUAUAAUCCGCAAAAAAAAUUUAAAAACCGGUAGAAGCGUUUAAACGGCUCUCACUUAUUAAAUACAAUUAUCCAGCGCUACAUGAAUUUAUUACAGUUAUUUUUGUACAGUUCGUACGGUUUUAUUUGAACAAAAUUACUUUUUGUUAAUUAAUUGUGUUCUUUUUUUCAGGGAUUUUUUGACAUUUAUAAGCGAUUUUUUGUGCAUUUUAAUUGCAAUAAGUCCCGAGCCCUAAUUAUUAUUAUACGAUUGGUUUUAUCUUCUCGUUUCCCGAAUGUGCUCGCAGAGAGAAAACCGAUUUAUGAAUAACACAUUGCAAUUACUGUCUCGAUUUUUCAUAACCCUUUUUCACUAUGUAUACAGGCGAUCAAGAUAGAAGCCGUCACCCCGGCAUUGGAACUCGGAGAAGGGCCUCAUUGGGACAUAUCGACGCAGAACUUGUAUUUCGUCGACUUGCACAAAUCGAAAAUUAACAGAUAUCAUCCGGAAACCGGCGAUUAUUUUAGCGCUACGAUAGGAGGUGUGUACUUUAUUUGAAAACUGCGAUCGUUUCGUAUUACGAUAUAGUAAAAAUUUAAACGGUCGCGAACGGUCGGUUUAAAUUUAAAUAAUAAAGCAGCCUUUUGACGCGAGAACUUCUUUUGAAGAAAGUUGCGAUUGAUCACCGCGGUUUAAGAACCGCAAAACGUUGACCGAAAAAACGGUUUUUCGUUUCGGGUUGUUUUUUUGACUUCUUGACCGGUGGUGUCGUUAGUUUUUACUACAGGCUUCUUGUAUUUGCAUGUGUUAUCUUACUAUUGGAAUACGAUCCCCAAAUAUAUUCGGUGCCUUAGCUAAUCCAUAUUUUUAAAGUAUUCUAUUAUGUAACGUCUUUCAGCACAAUCCAUUGAAUAGCGUCCUUUUUUGUUUGUAUAUAUAUAUAUUUUAAUAAGUUCUGUUAUCACUUACUUAUUCAAUAAUGGCCCCUACAUUUUGGUGGCCAGGGGCACUAAACCGCUAUAUAACCCUAUUUUUCUUCGACACUGACUUCGCUCUUUGCUUUCUGAUUUUUUUUUUUCUUGUGUGACUAAUCAUUUAAUUAUAUAUUUUACAGUCCAAAAUGAGAACGGUAUUAUGUUUUCGAUAAAAACGUCCGUAUGAAAAAUUAAUGUAGGUUUAUUGGUUGCAGGAAACUAUAACGGCCCCGUGUCGUUCGUCAUACCGGUCCAAGGACAGGCCAACACUUUCACGGUCGGCCUGCGCGAAUCGUUUGGUGUGGUCAAAUGGGACGGACUUACCCCCGUGACCAGCCCCCCCGAGUACUUGAAACUAGUCGACGACACGCCCGGCGUCCGUUUGAAUGACGCCAAGGCCGACUUGACAGGCCGCCUGUGGCUCGGUAAGUGACUUUGUGGCCGGUAUUUAUUUUACGUUAUACCGUAGUUAUUGUUAUUAUUUUUUUUCGUUUCCAAGGAACCAUGGGAGGAGAAAUAAAAGAAAACCCCGGAAAUUACUACAAGCACCAGGGUUCCUUGUUCUCGGUAGAACGCGAUGGCAUAGUCGUCAAGCGUUUGACGAGCGUUAGUAUCUCCAACGGGUUGGCUUGGAGUUUGGACAACAAAGAGUUGUAUUAUAUAGACACGUACAAGUUUGCGGUAGAAGCGUAUGAUUUUGACAUUGGUUCAGGAGAACUCUGUGAGACCAUCACCAUAAAUAUACUGUUCGUGUCGUGAUAAAUAAUUGUGAUUUUUUUUUCAACUGUGUAGCUAAUGGCAGAGUGAUAUUCGAUCUACCGGCUAACAAAAUUAAUGGCGAUCCCGAUGGCAUGACUAUCGACACCGAUGGAAACCUUUGGGUGGCUUGUUUCAAUAGUGAUCUUGUAAGAAUAGUUUUAUGGUUACUUCUACACUGUCACCAAUAAUUUUAUGUUUAAAAAAAAAAGUCGUUCUUAUAUUAUUAUUUUCUUGUUCACAGAUCCUAAAAAUUGAUCCCAAAACAGGCAAGUUGUUGUUGACUGUUCAUCUGCCUGCCUAUCAGAUCACGUCUGUUGCCUUUGGCGGCUUUGAUUUGGAUGAGCUUUAUGUGACUACUGCCGCGCGUUUUCUCACAGAAGAACAAAAAUCUAAGAAAAAGCUUUCUGGUGCCGUAUUCAAGUUAACAGGAACUGGUUCUAUCGGUUACGCUGGCGUUCCGGUCAAUUUACACUUGUGCCCAAAAAACGAACUGGAUAUCAUAUAAUAACUAAAUAAUCUAUACGACAGUCAAUACUCUGUACUGUAAUAAUGCUCUGUAAGUUUGAAUUAUAAUAGGUAUUACAAUAUUAUUAUUUUUUUAGUUAUCAUUCAAAUAUGGGUUUAUUAUAAUAUUUAUCAUAAUGCUAUUUAUCCUAACCUUGUGUAGAGUCGCCACCUAUGGCCAUCUUGGAAAUUUGUUUUUAUUCAUAUUAAAUAUUUAUCUAUCAUUAUUGAUACUGGCCAUAUGUGUUGACUCCACCUAAUAAGUACUAUUUAUGUAAUUUAAUAUAAUUUACAACUAUUUAUGUAAUUAUUUGUUUUCAAUUAUAAAUGAAAAAUAGGAUUAAAUAAUUUUAAAUGUAUUUGCAAGUUGAAUUUAUUUUGAAUAAAUAAUAAGGAUGUGAUAUUUUUUAUUUUUUUAUUGUUUAAGCAGCCAAUAGAUAAAAUAAUAUGAUCAAAACCCACUGUUAGGAGUUGAUAGGCAAAUUAAGGCUGGCCUGGGAGAAAUGUGGCCUUUACGACCCAUGUUAUGGUCAUUAUGCCAUCACCAUUGCUACAGUCCAUAUUGUUAAAAAUGAAGGCAGCUCACUGGAAAAAUUCUGGUUUUCCUGUAGGCCACCUACCUGCCCCUGUUAUCAAUUUUAUUAAAAUACAUACACUUGUCUAAUAAUGCGCAGUGUGUGAUACAACCACAAAAUAGAUGAUCAUAUAAGAAAAGAAAUGAUAUAGAUUCGCAUAAUCUACAUACAAUAGUACAGAAAGUUAUUUGGUUUUAAUAUGUAAUUGAGAAAAAAC